AUGCCCCGAUGGGGAAGACCACCAGGGGCACAACUGGGGAGACAAACCAGGAGACGGGCGGCUCCUUGGGUAGAUGACGACGCACGAAUCGAGGAGAUAGACAGUGAGGACGAAUAUAUCCUGCGCAAUGAUCGAGCUUUGUACACGAGGCUGUUCGCUGGUAUGGACAUGGAUGGGGGUUCACAGUUGCGGAGACGAAUGGUGGGAUAUAGCGACUAUGGCGAUGAACCGGAAUCUGCUGACGGAAUGGAUUAUGACAUAUACGAUGAUGCAGACAGUACAGUGGCGUAUGCAGUUCAAUUGGCCAUGAAGCAUAAAGAGGAUUGGCUGGUGGACAAAGCACUGGAAAGAAUCCGACGCGCGCAAGUGAUGGGACAGAAGAACGUGCGACUAUCCAAACCCGAGCUGGAAGCUCUUGAACGCAAACGGAUGCACGCAGAUGGGGGAAGUCUCGAACGCAAAAGUCCUGCUUCAAAGGCGAGCGAAAAUGGUCGUUUAAAGGCGGGAGAUGGUUCCCCGACUGGUGGGGUUGCGAGAACAGGAACGCGUCGAAGCGUAUCCAGUGCGGGGCAGGGUAGGCAAAUGGCUCCGUAUAACAUUGCUGAUGGCAGUGAUGGAUAUGAUACGUGGGCCAGAGCUUCAGGUUCUCCAAGUUCGCAGCGUACUCAGUCCUCGCGAUCUCCGCAGUCCAACACAUCUCCGACCCAGUCGCCUCACAAAGCCGACCGUCACUCUACGAUCCCUUAUUUUCGUUCGCAGGCGUCCUCUCCCUUGAAAAGUACCGCAUUUCAACGUCCUCUUCCCGAUGAUCCGCAUUGGGUACCUACUUAUCAAUUACCGUAUCCCAGAGAUCCACCUCCGUAUUCCCUACGCAGUCCCGUGGAUCCCCGAGGUACUUCGAGCCGGCUAGGAGCAGCGCAAUACAUGUCAAAUUACGGAGAACGCCAUCCGGGCAGUGGGCGAGGCUCUUUUGCCUCAUGGCUCACCGCAGCCGGAUCUGCAAACGAGGAUCCCCUUGAUGAACAGGACGACGAGGAUGAUAAAGAGAGUAGCUCCGACGGAAGCAGUGACGAGUUGCAGAUGGUGGAUGUGGUGGAGCGAAAGAUCCCGGCCAGUCCUUCAGCGCGUGUGGCAACCGGCAAAGGAAACCGUCGGCGCCGCCGUCGUCCCUGA